AUGCGCGACGACGGCGGCGGCGCGUCCCACGGAGAUCCGAAGAAAAGCGCCGUCGGCGGCGAAUACACGAUCGAUCGACUUCGCGAGCUCGCGAGCUCGCAAAAGAGCUUCGGCGCGCGGCCGGUGGAACAUCUCGAUCCGAGCGCUCCCGCGGUGUUCAAGUUCAGCGGCAGCGACACGGCCGCGGGAGGGGAGUUCGGCGCGUUGGAUCCAGUCGCGUUCGUCCCGCCUCCGCCGCCAAGGAAGAAGCCCGUGGCGUCCGAAGACGUCGCAAUUCCAGACGCCGCGUCGAUCAAGGCGGCGAAAGCGAAACGAGAGCAAAUGCGCACUGGGGGCUCAGCCGCGCCUGAUUACAUCCCCGUGUCCGGCUCGGAACAUCUCGAGGAGCUCGCCGCGCGAAGAGGAGGAGGGGGAGGAGGAAGAGGAGUUGACUGCCGAGGGGAAUCCGACGGCGAACAAGACGAAAACGUCAGGGUAAAGUUUGGGGUCGGCGGCGAAUCCGCCGGGGGCAAGGGCGUAUUUCAAGCCAUGGUCGUCGACCACGCCGGGGACGACAAGGAUGAUUUGAACUGGGAAGACGAACAGCUCAAGAGAGUCAUGGGCGGCGGCGGCAGAUUCAGAGCGGCGAAGAAGGCGCCCGCGAGCGUGUCCGCAAACGGGGAACGAGCGCUCGCAUCACUUCGCGCUGGUCUGUCCCGCGCGGACGGGUCCAGACGCGCCGCGCUGGAUGAACUGAAGCGCGCGGACGAAUCACUCGCGUCUUCAGAUGCCGCGCUCAAGUCGCACGAGGAACGUUUAGCGACCGCGGGGGAGAGGUACAAAUUCGUGCAGGAGCUCAAACACUAUUUUCGCGAUCUGUGCGCGUGUUUGAAAGACAAGGCGCCUAUCAUCGAGGAGCUGGAGGAACACGUGCAACGCUUGCACGAGCAAAGAGCUGCAGCGGCGACGGCAGCGUCCGAGGGGGAGGCGCAGGACGAAGCAGCAGAAGCUGAGGCGGCCGUCGAAGCCGCGCAAGCCGCUCUCAUGCGAGGCGAGUCUAGUGCGGAGGCUGUCGCCGCGUCGACAGCCGCGGCUGAAUUCGCCGCGACGGCGCGGUUCACCGGCACCCAAAAACUCGACGAGUUCGGCCGCGACUUGAAUCUCGCAAACAGAGUCGCCGCGGAGAAGCGCACCACGGCCCGACGCGCGCGCCGUGCUGCAGAGGAAGCCGCUUCCGGAGACGCAACAUUCGCGCACGCCCCAAUCCUAGGAGAGGCUGACGACAUAGAAGAUCCCGGCGAGGUCGAGUUAUUUUACAAAGGAUGGCAAGACGCGCGAGAAGCAGGGUCGUGUGUACUGCGCGACGCUGGGGCGGAUUUUGCUUCCAUCGCCCCGGUGAAAGCAAAGUCAGAACAAUGGAAAAAGCGGUUUCCGAAGACGUAUCAAGACGCGUACAUGGCCGCGUCGACGCCUCAGCUAUUCGCUCCGUUCGUUCGACUCGAGCUCCUGUCUUGGUCGCCGCUUUACGCGCCGUCGUCUGAGUCAUCAUCUGGUGAGCCCGCGUCGCCCAUCGACGGGAUGUCGUGGUACUCCGAACUCUUCGAUUACGGCAUGGGGGGCAGCUCAAUCGAAGACGACGAGGACGCGAACCUCGUUCCGACGAUCAUGGAGAAGUUAUUAGUUCCCAUUAUCGAGCACGCGGUCAAAGAAUGUUGGGACGCAACUUCAGUCGAGCAAUCAAAUCGAAUCGUCGCGGUCGUCAAGGAGCUUCUCGUGUACCUGGAACCGUCAUCGUGCGAGCCAAUGGCGAAGCUUCUCGCGGUGGCGAAGAGCAAACUGCACGAAGUCGCGAUGAAGAGAUGUUCCAUCCCAUCGUGGGCGCCCGUCGUGACCGCGUCCGCGCCGAUCGCGGAGAUGUACGCUCGACGACGACUAGGCGCUGCGUUGAGGUGCGCGCGCGCUGCAGUAGCGUGGGAGGGGGCGUUGCCCACUCGAGACGUCAAGUCCGCGGUGUGCGACGGAAUAAUCGCGCAGCACGUCGCGCCGCAUCUGCGUCUUCUUCUCGCUCGACCGGGUGACUGCCUCGCCGUCAUCGAACGCACGCUCGCUGUUUUGCCGCGCGAGUGGGUGGUUGGUAACGCUGUAGCGUCCGUGCGUAGCGUGGCGUCGACGCUCGGGCAAAUGGUGCGCUCGCAGCCGGAAUCACACGGCGCGGCGGCGGCGGCGGCGGCGGAUGCCAGAGGCAAAGCCGUCGACCCUCAGCGCCUCGUCGCGGUUCUCGCUGCUUUAGGCGACAAGUCCGAAGCUCAGACGGUCGCGGAGCUCUUCGGCAUCGCAACCGUCUUAUAGACUUACUAGACUACUGUAAGUUCUCACAUUCUAGCUA